GAGGUAGAGGUACGUGUGCCCGUUGCAUCACUGGUAUCUUUCAACAGAGCGCUCUGACGCAUGACGCCACAUGCACGCUCUGUGGUGAUUGGUCAUCAUAUCAGGAUAUGUGAUUGUUGUAACCAGCGCAGUUUGGUUUCCGUGUGAGUGAGAGACAUCAUGCACGUUCCCUACGGGGACUCAGUCAUUAGUUGAGAAGGGUUUUUCGUUAAAGUUCAGCUUUUACUUCGUCUGCUGCGUUUCCUAGCUUGUUUUCCGUUUUCUCUUGCGACCGACAUGACGGACAAGGUUAUUCCAUCGGAUGACAUUCAAGUCGUUGAAGGCGACUCCGCGUUUCUCGGCAGCGGUUCCUAUGCGAAAGUGAAGCUUGCCGUUUGGCGAGGAGCGAGUGUUGCCGUGAAAGAACUUCACGCCAUCUUCUUCGAAACAGGAGGAUGCUCCGAGUGGGAGUCAUCGUUUGUUGCCGCUUUUAUGUCGGAGUGUGACAUGUUGGCUCGACUGCGUCAUCCCAAUGUUGUUCAGUUUCUUGGUGUCGUUUUUCAGUCGAGCGGUUUACCGCUGCUGGUCACUGAAUUGAUGAGAGAGAGUCUACAAGAGCGAAUGAGGCGUUCCCCGGCGUUGCAAACGCGCGAGGUCAUCGCGGUGUCGUGCGAUAUCGUUAACGCAUUGGAUUACAUUCACGGUUUGGCGAGACCGAUCGCCCAUCGAGAUCUUGCACCAAAGAACAUUUUACUCGAAUAUAAACCCAACAUUCGAGCGAAAAUUGCCGAUCUGGGUGUGGCCAAGGCGAUGAGCACCGUCGACAUGCCGUCGUUCAACACUAGAAGGCCCGGAACGGAUCUGUACAUGCCACCUGAAGCGUUUGUCAACGGGCAAUACACUCUGAAGAUCGACGUCUUCUCACUUGGAGUAAUCAUGUUACAGAUGGCGGUUGGACGAGCCCCCUCGCCGUCAUCAAUGUGGCAAUCUUGCGGUGACGGUACCUUUCGUACAGUUCCGGAACGCGAAAGAAGACAGAAAGACCUUAAUGCAAUAACCGCCGAUUACCCUUUGCGGUCGAUAAUUUUGCAGUGUUUGGAGACGGAUCGACCUAGUGCUUGUGAAAUCGCACACGAUAUCAGAGAGCUAGUAGCAGCUCUUGACCAAAAUGGACAGACCCAUUAUGUUCCCGCAUGGAAGAUUGAUGAAAUCGAAAAUGCGAGCAGGGAUAAGGUGGAGAAGAUCGAAGCGGAAUGUAAAGAAACAUUAGCAAUGUGUCACGACUCUCUGACUGCCGUCAUUGAGAAGGUAGAAAUUGAAAAGGAGGCGCUGAAGCAUGAGAACGAAGCAAUACAGAAGACGGCACAAGAAGCACUGGAGAACCUUGCCGUUAUGACGGAACGGUAUCAUCAAGAGACAAAAAGUCUGCAAGAUACCCUCAAUUCAAGGACAAAAGAAAAUGGAGAACUCAUCAAGGAAAGAGAUGACUUGGCGAAAAAGCAACAAGAGGUUGUAAAAAAUCAGAAACGGAUUGAUAACCAAUUGAACACAGAUUUCUCUUUGCGUUUGGAGGCGUCGCUCCUCAAAGCAAAGGCAGACAAGGAGCAUGCACUGGCACAAAUGAGAGAAGAAGAAGAAAGAAAACACAAGGCAUCACUCGAAUCACUGAUGGCUGACAAUGAAGCAGCAUUUGUGCGUACGCAGGAGCUGUACGAAAAGGAGAGAGCAGAAGACCGAGAAGAAACAGCAGCUCUCGUCACCAAGGUUACCAACCUGAGACUUGAGGUGGAAAAAGUGACAGGAGAGAGGGCAGCUCUGCAAGAGAAGUUUGAUGAUGCUGUGAUGGAACGGUCGGAAGCCGAACGCGCCAAGGAACAGUUAGGUGCAAGCUAUAAAGUGGCAAUGAAUUUGCUGAAAAACCAGCAACGCGGUGCUUUGAAAUCCGUCAAGCGAGAAUUUGAAUUUCAAAAGAAAAAAAUGAGUGAUGAUUUUCAAAGUAUGAUCGAUACCCUCAACCAAACACACAAGACAAGAGAAGAAGAAAUGAUGACGGAAUUGAAAAAAGCCGAACACAAGAUAUCAAUUCUGGAAGCAUCACUCGGCGAAUCAAAAAGACAACAAGUCACGUGGUCAGGGAAAGGCAUCAUGUUGUAAUGACAGAACACUCAAACGUACUAGACACCAUGGUAACUACUAUAUUUACGGAAUAGACAAAGAUCGUGUACACUCUAUUUUUACUAAUUUUUGUAUGAUGUACAGAAAUAGCACUUAUAUGUCAAUAAAUUGAUUAAUUAAAGGGGAAGUCCAACAAAAA